GUGUCGGCUGUGUCGUCUACGGUAGCCGCUCUGGCCCAAACUACCCUCGUCUGUUUACCUCAGUUGUAAUGAUGAUGUGAGACCGAAACCGCUAGCUAGCUAGCCUAGCUAAAGUAACAAGGAACCGGACCGGGCUGCUUCUGGGGUGAAUUAGCCACCGCGUCUGCGCUAACGCUGCAGCGAGCGGAUCCGCCUGGCCUGGGGAUGGAGCCGGGCGACUUGCGAGAGAGCCCCGCCGGGUCCGGGGAGUCAGAUGGGGGGGAUUGGAGGGAGGUUAUACCCGGCGGGGAGGAGGAGGAGGUCAAAGCCGCUGAAACUAAUGGAAACUCCCUAGAGUCGGCGCUCAGGGACGCCUGCGAGGAGAGCGAAAGUGACAAACAGAAAUGCGUGGGAGAGCAAUUGCACAGCCCCUACGAGGAGGAACUGGACCCCAGAAUCCAGGAAGAGUUGGAGCAUCUCAAUGAAGCCAGUGCAGAAAUCAACAGACUAGAACUGCAGUUGGAUGAUGCCAGAUCAGGGUACCGGAAGAUCCUCACAGAGUCUGCCAGGAAGCUGAAUGCUCAGAGCUCUCAGCUCGGUGGCUGUAUAGAGAAAGCAAGACCCUACUAUGAAGCGCGUCGCCUUGCAAAAGAGGCCCAGCAGGAGACCCAGAAGGCAGCUUUGAGCUAUGAAAGAGCAGUUUCUAUGCACACAGCUGCCAGGGAGAUGGUCUAUGUGGCAGAGCAGGGCCUGAUGGCUGAUGGGAAGAACACCCUGGAUCCAACUUGGCAGGAGAUGCUCAACCAUGCUACCUCCAAGGUGAAUGAAGCCGAGGAGGAGCGACUCCGCAGUGAGAGGGAGCACAUGCGUGUCACACACGCCUGUCAGGAGGCCGAGGCUCGGGUCCAGAUGCUGCAAAAGUCUCUCAAAAGAGUUAUUGUGAAAUCCAAACCUUACUUUGAGCUCAAGGCCCAGUUCAACCACAUACUGGAGGAGAACAAGACCAAAGUGCUGCAGCUGGAAAAGCAAGUAGCCAAAGUCAAGACCCGCUAUUCCAUCGCCCUACGGAACUUGGAACAAAUCAGCGAGCAGAUCCACGCUCAGAGGGAGAGGGACCAGGCCGAGGGCGGAUGCCCCACUGUCUGCGGUGGGCGGAGUCCCCCCGUUGGAGCGGAGUCUGACAUCAGAGUUAAGAAAGAAGGCGGAGCCUGCAGUGGUGGCGCCAUGGGGACAGAUCGGGUGGAUGCAGCCAUAGACCUGGAGAAAUACAAGGAGAAGGAGAAUGAAAAGGAGAGGGAGCGGGCGGGGUCAGAUUCCCUUUCUGUGUUCAGCCUGCAGACCAUCGCUUCCGACUUGGAGAAAUAUGACUCCAUUGAGCACCUCGGGGACCUCAGCGAUGUUGGGAGCGUGACUGGGGAUGAGGUGGAGAAAGAGAGAGGCGGGGUGAUCGAUAGAAGAGACAAGCUGACGGAAAAAUCUGCCAAAGAGCGUCAGCAGCAGUUCUACAAGCAGCACCACCGAAGCUUCAGUUUGUGA